AUGUCGCUUUGGAUCUACUUUCGGCAGAAGCUAUCGCCCAUUCUGGAUCUCCGGGCAGACAGUGACUUCUUUAUGCUUCUCAACUGGCAGUACAUCUUCAAUGGAGUACGGCUGAAAACUAACCGUCCCUGGUUGCGAGCGUUGUUCCUGCUCUAUCAGCUGCAGCUGCCCACGCAAUGCGCCAUCUGGCUGUAUCGAACGUGGAUUGUGGCGUACAUCGAACACAACACCACGCUGACACUGAGUUUGCUUUGCGGUCAGUUCGCCCUUACCAGUAUUGUGCUACGCAAUGUACUGUUUCUGCUGAGCUACAAUCAACUGGAACCCGUGCGUAACUACAUCAACUGCAAGCGUUUCCUGCCCGGACAUGCUAAAGCCCGCGAGCUGAGACAGCGCGCAUUCCGCACGAACAAUAUCCUGAUACUCGUAAUGAUGGUAUACGGGUUGACGAACUUUUGCAUUUACGAAGCGACUGGUCUACAGUGGCACGAGAUAUUCUGCAUGCCCAACUAUCUGAUGCAAACGAAUCCCGCACUCGGCUGGACGCUACAGAUCAUCAUGCAUCCGAUGACGCUGAACGGGCUUGGCGCGUUCAUUGCGAACUUUCUCAGCAUGCACACGAUGCUCACUGCGCUACACGCGGAGUUUCUGCUGGUGGAGUUUGCCUUCGAUGGGUUGCUGAAGCGCGUGGCAGAACAGGUGCGGGAAGUACCGAUUAAGGAUGGCCUUAAGCAAUGCUUACUGUGGCAAACAUUUAACGCCGAGCUUGGUAAAUGUGUACGGGGACACUGUGAGGUUGUGAAACACAUUCGAGAAGUGAACCGGGUGCACAGUUUCUCCAUUACCGUGCAGUACUACACCACACUCCUGUCACUCGCCAUCGAUACCUUCUUCAUCUCGUACCACGGGCUAGACUUUGUCUCGCUGUCGGUGCUCACCUUUUCUGCCCUGCUUGUCUUGGAGUGGUACUACUGCUGCAAGCUCGUGGAAGAUCUCCAAGCUACGAACAAACGUAUCGGCUGGACGCUUUACAACGAUGACUGGCCAGCCUGGUUGCAACGCGGCAAGCAUCAGCAAGAUUUACUGCGCCAGUUUCGCAUUACAGUAAGCAUUGUACUGCUCGCCUCACAGCAAAGUCUAUCCUUUCACGGAAGUGAUAUCGUCGAGGUGUCGUGGGAAACCUUUGGAAAUAUGUUCAAGACAAGCUACUCGGUGAUGAUGUUUCUAAUCGAACUACGAAAGCUGAAUCGUUAA